GCGCCUUUAAAUUCCCCGCCAAGGCAGAGCACCGGAAGCAGAGAUACCAGCGAUGGCGUUCCUGACGGUGGCCUUCCCCUCCCAGCUCUCAUUCGCCAGGGCCAUGGGAAAUAUCACCGGCGUUCGCAAGGUCUCCACGACCUCCUCCGUCCACUUCGCCGCUACACAUGUUGAAGCUCCUGAAAAACACAACAUUCCUCUGCCGCCUCGCCACAAGCACGAGGAAGUGACGCACACGCUGCCGCCGCAAAAGCUCGAGAUCUUCAAAACCCUAGAAAAAUGGGCGGAAUCCAACCUCCUGCCUCGCCUCAAGCCCGUCGAGGAGUGCUGGCAGCCGACGGACCUGCUUCCCGACCCAGCCUCCGAGAGCUUCCACGAGGAGGUGGGGGAGCUCCGCCGCCGCUCCCGGGAGCUCCCGGACGACUACCUCGUCUGCCUCGUCGGCGACAUGGUCACGGAGGAGGCGCUGCCGACGUACCAGACCUUCCUCAACAACCUCGACGGCAUCCGCGACGAGACGGGCGCGAGCCUCACGCCGUGGGCCGUCUGGACCAGGGCCUGGACGGCGGAGGAGAACCGCCACGGCGAUCUGCUCAACAGGUACCUCUACCUCACCGGUCGCGUCGACAUGAAGAAGAUUGAGAAGACGAUUCAGUACCUGAUGCGCGCAGGAAUGGAUUUCCGGACGGAGAACAACCCGUACAGCGGCUUCAUCUACACGUCGUUCCAGGAGCGGGCGACGUCGAUCUCCCACGGCAACACCGCGCGGAUGGCCAAGGCGCACGGCGACGCGGAGCUGGCGCGCAUCUGCGGCACCAUCGCGGCGGAGGAGAAGCGGCACGAGGCGGCGUACGCCAUGAUCGUAGAGAAGCUCUUCGAGGUGGACCCCGACGGAACCGUCCUCGCCUUCGCCGACCGAAUGAGAAAGAAAGUCUCGAUGCCGGCGUGCCUCAUGUUCGACGGCCGCGACGGCGACCUCUUCUCCCACUUCUCCGCCGUCGCGCAGCGCGUGGGCGUCUACACCGCCAAGGACUACGCCGACAUUCUCGAGUUCCUCAUUCGCCGGUGGAAGGUCGAGGAGCUGCAGGGGCUGUCGUCGGAAGGAAGGGCAGCGCAGGAGUUCCUGAGCGGCCUGGCCCCGAAGAUCAGGAGGCUCGACGAGAGGGUGCAGGCCAAGGCCAAGGACACGGCGGAGCACACCAUGCCCUUUAGCUGGAUCUUUGACAGGGAAGUCCAGCUCUAAUCCUUCUUUUAAAUCCCCAUUAUCGAUCGUAUUAAGACUAAAACACAUCGUAAAACAAACAAAAAAAAGGAGCAGAUGUUCGUGUAUUCUCCUUUGAACUGCAGAACGUGCAAUUCGGAUUCUCUAUAUAUUCUAGUCGAUUCCGUGUAUUCGUCUAUGGUUUAAUCAUAAACAUGCUGAUGUAGUAGAUAUAUAUACCUUUAUCAAAGGAUCCGGCGGUGCCUCACGGUCUCUUGUUUUGGUUUAAAAAGUUCGUUCUUUCUCUUUGAGAAAGUGGAGUCCUUUUGUUGUUUUCUUAGAUUUUCUAAUCUGCUGGGGAAGGAGUUGGUCUACUAUUGGUGCAAGUCCCAAUUCAAAGUGAUUAUGGACCUGUUCAAUUGAAUUUAUUGAAUUGGAUGUCCAUUCUUGAAAGGUGUAUGAACUCAUCGUUUAGAAUUUCUUCCAAUGUUUAUUCUAGCAGAUUAACAUCUUGAUUUGUGUUCGAGCAUUGGAAAUUCUGAAUAUGUUUGGAUUUACUUCUUUUGCGUUUGUUUAGCCAGAGAAUGAUGGGAUUUGCCCUUCAGCUUCAUCAUAAAGAUUCAAAGGCUUCUGAUUUUGCUUUAAAUCAUGGAUUAUAGGUUCAUAGCAUCAUUAUCCCUUAGGAUAAAGAAUUUGCGGGUCUGUUCUUCUGAGAACAUAUACAGCCAAAUCACUAUACAUCAUUCUCGUACAUGGGAGAAUUAGAAUCUUUCAUCUGAACUCUGGAAUUACUAAUUUCUACUGAAGUUAUGAAAAACAGAUCAUGGAAGCCAAUCACAUAACGAUUGUUCUUGUUUGAUAACACAAGGAGAACACAGAACAUCUUUUUGUAAAUUUGCCGUGUGGUACUUCAGAAUGGGGAACAAAUUUUCCAACUAUAUAACUUGCCAUACAAUUCAUUCAUGAUUAACUCCUGAGGAAUUACGAUCCUUCCAAAUUCACUCUCGUGUGUUUGUUUGGAACAAGUGAACGUAGAGCCGGUUUUCUUGGUUCAUAGUUCUAUAGUGAUGAUUGUAUUUGAUUGCAGGCUUUCAGCCUUGUAUAACAAUAGAUUAGCUUUUCCUUUUUUAUUUUUUAGUGAUUCCUUUGUUCUUUCAUACUAAAGCAAUUCCUUCAAGUCUUUAGAACAAGAACUUGCAACAAUCCUUCAAAAUAUUUAAGCACAUAAAUCUUGCAAUGCUUCGGAGCUAGCAUUCUUUCUAGCUUGGUUUAUACAACUUAGUAUGUUCAUAAUGGCAACUUCAUAGGAAGUGUGCCUUAAAAUUGGAAUAACACAUGAUGUUGAACUACAAGUAAUUGAAUCAUCUAUGGUUAUCAAUUAUUGAUAUGCAUGAUUCUAACUAGAAGCCUACUUAUCUUUUAUGCAAAAUUGCAAACUAAAACUUCAGCUUUUCCAUUCUAUUCUUCUGCUGAUCUGUGGAUUUUUCAUGCAGGCAAUGCUUUAGGGAACGGCCAUGCAGAAAUGAUUCCUUAAAGGAUAAUAGACCUAUAGUUUCAUGUAUAAUAUAUUGAAGAUAUAAACUCCAUGCUGAAGACCUUCGGCAUAAGCUUCGAAGAAAAGGUCUGCAGCAGCAGCCAGUUUCAAGAUCAUACCUUCCAUGGAAAUUGAUACCUGGAAGUGGGACUACGCAUCAACGAUCUGUCAAAUUUGAGAAGUUAGCUUCAGCACUUCAUCAACAGCCAAUUGAAAGCGAGAAAUUAGCUGGAUAUAAGCACCAACUGGCUGCGAGCAGCAAUUUACUCAAAUAUAAGGCAGUAGCUGAACCUCCACUGAAUCCUGUCCCAGCCUCAUUGAACAAAAUCUCACAGAAAGAGGUGUAGAUAUUCCUUUUUCAAUUAAGAAGUCCAACUGACAACUCUUUUUUCCUUUGACGGAACUUUCAGUCGACAGAGGUCUAGAGAAAUAUUCGAUGACAUUCAAGGUAGAAGAGGUCGAUAUGCCAUCUCUUAAACACAUGACAGAUGACGAUUUAAAGACAAUAGGCCUUCCUAUGGGCCCUAGGAAAAAGAUUCUGUUGGCUCUCAGACCCAAAACACAGGGCUGCUAGUAACAACUUGGUCAUCUCAAAUGGAAUGAUGAAGCCUCCAAUUGAUCUUUCUGGCUGCUGUGCAUGGAUAUACUGAUGAUUUCGACUCGGGAUGAGUCGAUUGUGUUUGACCUCUGCUCAUCGCUAGCGUCCCUCCUUUGGCCGCAGCUCUCUGCCAACUGAUCCUUGCCAUUCCGGCAUCGAAAGCCUAUACAGCAAUGUGCUUGCAGCUGUAUCUUCACUUGCUAACACUUCAAUUCUCUUAGGAUUCGAUCAAGUUAAACUGUUGUUAGAUCACUUUGCUAUAUAGAAAUUGCAAUUUUGAUAUAUUUAUUGUAGGAUUAUUUGUUAAAUUAUAUUUAAUUUAUUUAAAUUAUUUCA